UUUCUGAUAUGAAAGCUUGAAUCGUUUCAUUUGAAAAAUCCCGCGGAAUGGAUUUCACGUCAUUCCAAUGUUUCUUUUCAUUUAGAAAUAACUUUAAUGAUCGCUAGAUUUCAUUAAUUUUAUAAUUAAUUACUUUUUUUUUAUAGAAAAUGAGUUUUAAUUCAGUAAUGCAAAGCAUGUAUAAAUUAAUUUAGAAGAAAUACUUAUCUUCUUAUUCUAAUGAAUUUUAAGUUUUCUUGAUUAAUUAAACUUCUAAAUAUCAAAUGAAUUUCACGAGAAAAAGUUUUAUUUUUGCUGAAGAAGAAUAUUUCUCCAUCGAUGAUAUUCUAGCCACUCAGGAAAGAAUUCCUUGUAGAUUCGAAGUCGGUGUUCAUAAAUUAGGUUUUUUGGAUCCAUCAAGUGGCAAUCCUGAUAUAGCAAAAGGAACAAAAUUGGAAAUUCCAUUGUGGAUGGCUCAAGCCUUGCAGAGCAGGCGAAUAAUAGUUACAGAUCUUCCAAGAGUUUAUAGAGAAGCUUACAGAGAAAUUUUAAAUGCAGAUGCCACAGUUGUGGACCUUCACAAAAUGGGACCCUAUUUUUAUCAUUUGGGGUUGUACUUGCUACGCUUUGCUCACCAGGACUCUGAAGAUAUAAGUCGAAUGUUAAAUCAGACAUUUAGAAAUCGUUUUAGAAAACUUAUGGACACUUCUCAAAAUUCCUUACAAGAAGAUGCUACUGUUUUGACAGCAAAUUUGGACAGAACAGAAGUUGCUCUGUUCAAUUUGGGUCACAAAAGUCUGCUUGAUCUGAAGAACUGGCAGCAUCGAAAAAGUCAAAAGAUUGUAACUGCGAAUCUUGUUAUGAAUCAUAAAAAGAGAAAGCGUGCCAUAAUGGAUGAAACAACUUAAUGCUUAUAUUACUAAGAGAAGUGGGAAAAUUCUUGUUUUAUGCGUCAAAAUAAUUUUUCUGGGAUUCCUAUUAUAACUUUUAAAUAGUUUUUCCAUGGUAUUUUUUAAAAUAUUGAAUAAAUAUGCAGUCUCAUUUAUUUAUUUUAGAUGAAAAAUUUGUAAGAUUUUUCUGAAUUCUGACUGAGUUUUAUAUUUUUUUGCAGAAUGCUGCUCAUACUUGUAAUAAUAUUAAAUUUGCUUUUAUAUUAUUUGUUUCAAUUAUAAAAACUAUUAGUAAAAUCUAUUAUCAUGGCAGAAAAAAAAUUGUGCAGCAGUAUUUCUCUGUGAUGUUUGAAGUAAUUUUCAAUUAGAAUAACCUCUACUGUUAAAUUUUAAAAGUACUAAUUUUAUGAGCAUUUCUGAAUAUAUUUUAAUGCAAUGAUUAAAUUUCAUUUGUUAUACAUUAUCUUCAAAAAUAAUUGAUUCGUUUGUCAGUGAUAAUGCUAAAAUAAUC